CACCACCGCCACCACCACCACCACCACUCUAUUGCUCAGGAGAAUACAGACCCAUCAUCUUUGAACCAUGCGACGAGUCAACAACGGCAGCCUUUAGAACCUAAGGGAACAGGGAGUCAAUCGCCGAUGCAGUCGGGAAACCUUCGAGCGAGGCGGCGGGUGACGAGGGCCUACUCUGUGGCAUCGAAUAGUACAUACUCUAGCCCAGAAGGCAUUAGCAGGCCCGCACCGAGUGAUUGCCGCGUUGCUCCUGCUGCUACAGAGUGGAAUGAAGGAGGAGUUGGAAGCACGAUUUGGAGGCCACAGGCAACGUCUGCACAGACAAACGCCGCUCUACAUGCGAUUCUGGACAAACAUGACCAUUACAAUCGGGAUUCAACUGUUCCGGGAUCGGGAACGAGACGAGGCAGUCACUCCACUUUGAGUAGCCGCGCGAUCACCGCGGUCAUCGGGAUGAAGCAGAGACAGCAGGAGCACGGUGAAUCGAGCAGCUCGGAUGAUACCUCGAUCCGCCCAGGAUGCAAACUCGCGAGUCGUUCGAUCCGGAGUGUGAACAGUAGUGAUGAGGGGCAUGAACGCUCUUCGGUCCAGGAUCUGACCACCGCAGCAGCACCUAUUCCAAUUCAGAAUUCGACAGGAGCCGGAGCAGGAACAGGAUCAGGGUCUAUUCAGAGGCCGAAAUUGUUCAAGUCGCCGACGCCGCCGCCGUCAUUGCUGUCGCCUUCGUUGACAACGACAAAAGUGUCGCAUUCUUCUUCGACGGUGCAUGGGGUCACACCCAGACAAGGAGGUUCGGCGGGGAUGGUCGUUCAUGUACGGAAGGAGAGUGGGGAGAAAAAUUUCGACGAGGAGGAUAUGACGACGGAAGUUCAGGCGAAGCAGACGUCGACUGUGUUCAGCUCAGGUGCUUCACAGCGUUCGUUCGUGUCGACGAUAACGGACCUUCCGAAUACUACUGGAUCCCCGGAUAUGAUCGUUGCGGUGGCGUCCUGUGGUUGUGAGAGGCAUUACAAGCAUGCGAUCCUAUCGACAGUGGUACCAAUACCGUUGGAGAAGUGUUUUGAGUUGCUGUUCUCGGGUCAGGGUGCCGGACUAGGGAAUGAACUUAUGGUCGAGACGAAGCGGGCGAUUGAUGGAUCUACGGAUGUGAAGACUACACCUUGGAUGAAAAAUGAUAGGGAGUGUUGUAUCGCGAGUCAGGAUACGUGGGAGGGUGCCAAUCGGCGGUUGGAAUACUCGAUUCCGUUCAAGGUUCCCAUGUUGGCCAGAGCAACAGCAUCCUGCGUCGAAACACAAGAGAUAUUACAAUACGAUGACCGAGUGAUCCGUGUGCAGACCGAGUCUCGACUGCCGUAUAUUCCCUUUGGCGAACAGUUCUCAACCCUUUGUCAGAUCUGCCUCCUACGGGAUCCAUCAAUGACAGGGAACACGCGGAUCAAAUGUUUUGUGGAGGUUCUGUUCCGGAAGACGAUCCUGUGGGGCAAUAAGAUCGAGGCCGCGUCCGUCGAGAGCGCGGAUGGGUUCCUCAAAGAAUUUAUUCGACGCCUCAUCGAGGUGCCCACGGAGGUCCUUCUCCCGGAGGAUGGAGAGGGAGCGAAGAGUGGCAUGGCCAACAUGAAUGUCACUCAGCCAGAGCUGAGUACGAGUCCAAGUUCGAGAAGUGUGAUGAGUGCUAAGCAGGAUGGAUUACCGGGAAUGAGCCCUGCGCAUGAAUUGCUUUCGCAGCAGUAUUCAAAGACCCUCUUGGUGGGUACCCGACGGACAAGACCGUCUAUGGAUUAUGUGAGGCCGCAUUCGGAUUCGGUGCUGUUGUCGAAGACUGUAACCUUGGACACAGUGACAGUGUCUGGGGAUCUGAAUAUCACCACCGCAGCGACAGUGAAGCCAAGUAAGCCGGCGGCGGCGAUCACAGCGGCAGCGGCGGUUGCACUAUGGGACCAGCUUGUAAGGAAGAGCAUCGUAAUCUUUGCAAAGCUGUCCGUCGACUCGAAUCAGGAUUCCAAUGCAGUCAAGACGGGCGCUGCAGGGCCAGAUAAUGCCACACAGGAAUCGGUCUCGAAGCCGGCAGGGGAUUCGUCGGUCGAUCAGUCGGGGGAAGCCGGUGUGGCGGAUGAGGAUGAUAAGUUGGCCCAGGAUUCUGCUGCGCUCUCUCCCUCCGCUGAAGAUGCUCGGGAUCUUACAGCACAACCUUCUAAAUUGUCCGCCGAGAAAACACACGUUCGAGGCCGUAUACUUCCACGAAUGGUCCUGGUGAUGCUUGCGUUGGGAAUGACCGUCUUCCUCGUGAAUGUCUGGCGUCUCUUCAAUGUGACGUCGUCGAUGCUCCAUGUCGUCAGCAUGAAUCAGGACCAUAGCCGCUUCCUCAGCAGCAACGGUAACAGCAAUGUCGAAGGCGAAGCACUGGGCUCGCGGUUUGGAGGAAUGUUGGCAAUAAGACAGUUGCAGACCCAGGCGACAUUGAUUCCGAUUCAGAUACAGACAGAGAUGCUAAAGGCCGAAAUCUCGGAGCUCGUGGGGCUCUUGGAACAGGCGCGAGAUGUUUGGCAGGAGACUCAAGAGCAAUUCCCAGUGCGGGAAGAACUCUCGGGCGGACUCUGAGACUCUUUUUUUGAUGUAUUUUUAAUUAUAUUUAUAUUCAUAAUGAUAAUAAAAAAAAAGAGGGCCAAGCUGACCUACUGCUCGAGUACGUUGC